AGUGAGUGAGUGAGUGAGUGCGUGAGUGAGUGAGUGAGUGAGUGAGUGGUGUUUCACUUUAAUAAGGAGAGGAAUCAGAGGGUGUCUCAGCUGCUGACAGAGAGAGAGAGAGAGAGCAGCUUCCUGCAGACAGGAACAGUCAGGAACACAACAGCAGACGACUCCUCUCUGUCCGAGCUUCAGGAAACUGCUGCCCAAAAGUCUGGAAUCUGAGGAGUAUUUUUCUCAUUCACACGUGUCUCUGGGGAUGAGGAGCAGAUGACUUCUCUUCUCCAAGCAGUCUGAUUCAGACCUGUCCUCCUCACAGCAUGGGCUCUCCAGAGAUCUGCUCCCUCUCCUGGGGCCACAUGAAGGUGAAGGGCUGCUCCUCCAGCUAUAAGGACUGUAAGGUGUGGCCUGGAGGCAGCCGGGCCUGGGACUGGAGAGAGACCGGGACCGACCAUAAUCCUGGGGUGCAGCCUGCUGAUCUGGAGGAGGUGCUGAAGAAAGGGGUCGAGCUGCUGGUCAUCGGCAGAGGCAUGAGUGAAGCUCUGCAGGUUCCCUCCUCCACGCUGGACUUUGUGACGCAGAAAGGCGUGGACAUCAGAGUGCUGCAGACUGAGAAGGCCGUGGCUGAAUACAACAAACUGGCACGCCAGGGCACCAAGGUGGGCGGGGUCUUCCACUCCACCUGCUGAUGAUGUCUUACUGCACUGAGAUGGCACAGAAUGGCCUCUUAUCUCUCCUGGAGCUGUAGGGGUUGGGGUUGACCUGACCCUGGUUGAGCUCCAUCUCCAGACCUGAACCCACUGAAGACCUCUGAAAUGACCAACAUAAAGCUGGCCGGCCACCUCAGCUCCAGGAGAGACAGGAAGUCAGCCAACAGCCGCUAGCAGAGAGGAUGCCCACACACAGGAGAGCAGGGAUUGUAAAUCAGUAUUGAAUACUGUGGUUUAAAAAUAAAAUCUGUCUGUCUUCUUUGCA